AUGCGCGUCUCCUUUCCCAGGCGCGCCGUGCCGGUGCCGUGGCGACUGACUGCCAAAAACACUCGCACCAAGAUCCCCAUGGCCUAUCCGCGGUCCACAGCAGCAGGCCUGCGUCUACAGCGGCGUCCAUACUCGACAUCAUCGUCGCUCGGCAAGUACACAUACCAUAUCGCCGCGUCCUUCAUCGCUAAGGACCGGCCCUACGACCCGAACCGUCACGUCUUCCACUACGACCACGAGACCGAUGCCCGGCCUGCGUACGCACGACCGUUCCGCAUUGACUCGGGACACGACUCCUUCUUCAUCAGCCAAGUUAACGGCACGGGCGCCGUGGCCCUGGGCGUAGCUGACGGCGUGGGCGGCUGGGUUGACUCGGGCGUCGACCCGGGUGACUUCUCGCACGGGCUAUGCAGCUACAUGGCUGACGCGGCUCGCGACUUCCAGACCAGGGACCCCAACGGCCGUCUCACCCCCCGGAAGAUCAUGCAGCACGGCUACGAUGCCGUGUGCCGUGACCGGACAAUCCGUGCCGGUGGCAGCACCGCGUGCGUGGCCGUGGCCGACCCGGACGGCACGCUGGACGUGGCCAACCUGGGUGACUCGGGUUUCCUGCAGCUUCGCCGCAACGCUAUCCACCGACACUCGGAACCUCAGACCCACGCCUUCAACACGCCCUUCCAGCUCAGCCGCGUGCCUCCCAGCGUCGCCUCCCGCAUGGCCGCUUAUGGUGGUGCCCAGCUGUCCGACCUCCCCGAAGACGCCGACGUUACCCAGCACCAGGUCCGCCACGGUGACGUCCUCAUCUUCGCCACCGACGGCGUCCUCGACAACCUCUUCAACCAGGACAUUCUGCGCAUCGCCAGCCGCAUCAUGAUCUCGACCGGCGCCUGGGAGGUGACCGAGGCCGAGGGUGUGCGGGCGUCAGACGAGCUGACCUCUCUCACAGAGGCCGAUGACGUCAAGAACCCCGUCACUCUGCAGAGUGCCCUGGCCACACAGAUUGUCGGUUUUGCCAACCGUGCUAGCACAAAUACUCGCCUCGAAGGGCCCUUUGCCAAGGAGGUGAAGAAGUACUACCCUUACGAGGAAUGGCAUGGCGGCAAGGUUGACGACAUCACUGUCGUCGUGGCCGUCGUUGAUGGUGGAAGCAACGGUGUUGAGUUCAGGAGCAAGCUGUAA